AAAAAACUAUGUUGACCUUGGUCGGGACUUGGAGUUUGAGGUGGUAUUUAGUUCCUCCAAAUUUUUAGUAGCACAAAUCUAAAACCCCUAAAUCUCACGGCAGACGUCAGAAUUCCUAAAUUGACCCAAAAUCUGAUUUCAACUCUCCACCCCUUUUGCCGCUCACUCUCGUCAAUUCGGCUCCGACUGAUUAUUUUUUGCAAUGGGUCAGUGUUGACGCACUCAGAAAUUUGUAAAUUGUUUUAACUCUGGAGCAAAUUUGAAACUUUUGGUGAACCAUGAACGCCCCCAUUAUUGACCCGCUACAGGGUGAUUUUCCAGAAGUGAUAGAGGAGUAUCUGGAGCAUGGAGUUAUGAAAUGUAUCGCCUUUAAUCGCCGUGGAAACCUUCUUGCUGCUGGGUGUUCUGAUGGAAGUUGUAUCAUAUGGGAUUUUGAAACCAGAGGCAUUGCUAAAGAAUUCAAAGAUAAGGACUGUGUUGCCGCAAUAACAAGUGUCUGUUGGUCCAAGUAUGGCCACCGCAUACUGGUGGCAGCUGCAGAUAAGACAUUGACUCUUUGGGACGUUGUCAAAGGAGAGAGAAUAGCUCGAACUGUCCUACAACAAACACCUUUGCAAGCUCGUCUGCAUCCUGGUUCAUCUACUCCGUCAAUUUGCUUAGCUUGUCCUCUGUCAUCAGCCCCCAUGAUCGUCGACUUGCUCACAGAAACCACAAUUGUGCUUCCUGUGUCAUUGUCUGAUAUAGGAAAUGGUGCUACCCCUCCAUUACGUAAUAAAUUUUCAGAUGGAUCUGCUCCCUUUACACCUACUGCUGCGUGCUUCAACAAGUAUGGAGAUUUGGUAUAUGUAGGAAAUUCCAAAGGAGAGAUACUAAUAAUUGAUAGUAUAAGCAUUGAAAUACGUGGUAUAGUUUCUGUCCCAGGGAGUGCUGUCAUUAAGAAUAUUGUAUUUAGCAGAAGUGGACAAUAUCUUCUGACAAACUCAAAUGAUAGAACCAUCAGAAUCUAUGAAAACCUUUUGCCACUCAAAGGUGGGCUUGCAGCGCUUGAUAAAGCAAACCAUGAAUUUGCUGAGCAAGAUGAAGAUGAAAAGUUAAAAUCUGCAGGAUCAAGGUCUCUGGCUCUUUUCCGAGAGUUUCAGGAUUCGAUAACCAGAGUGCACUGGAAAGCACCUUGCUUUAGUGGUGAUGGGGAGUGGGUUGUUGGAGGUUCUGCUAGCAAAGGAGAGCAUAAGAUCUAUAUAUGGGACAGGGCUGGGCAUCUUGUAAAAAUUCUUGAGGGCCCAAAAGAAGCAUUAAUAGAUUUGACAUGGCAUCCUGUUAAACCUGUAGUUGUUUCUGUCUCCUUGACUGGCUUGGUUUAUAUCUGGGCAAAGGAUUAUACUGAGAACUGGAGUGCAUUUGCCCCUGAUUUUAAAGAGCUUGAGGAAAAUGAAGAGUAUGUGGAACGAGAAGAUGAGUUUGACUUGGUGCCUGAAACAGAAAAAGUGAAAGAUUUAGAUAUCAAUGAAGAUGAAGACAUUGAUAUUUUGAACGUUGAUGGAGAUUCUGCCUUCAGUGAUUCAGACAUGUCCCAGGAAGAAAUACGCUUCUUACCCCCUGAUCCAUGCCUUGAUGUUCCUGAGAUGGAAGAUGGGCUUGUUGUAAAUACUUCAAAGGAGGGGGAAAUCAGUGAGACUGAAUCUCCUCUUUCCGAGGAGGCAGGGCAAAAUGGUCAUCUAACAAAUCAUGAAUCCAGUCCUCUUGAAGAAGACACAGGAGGAAUGCGCUUAAAAAGAAAGAGGAUGCCUUCAGAGAAGUUUAUGGAUUUUGAAACAGAAAAUAUUAAGAAGCCACCAUCAAAGUCGAAACCAUAAUGUAAUUUGCUUGGAGCUGUAAGAUGUCUUGUAGUUUGAGGUUUCUAGCCUUAGUAUUUGUGAAGGAUGUUAAUUUUGACAUCAAGAUUAAAAAUCUUGACCGGCAUCAUACCUUCACUUAUUGUCUUCUGCCUUCACAUAAGGCGGGAUGCUACUUAAAUCGCGGCUAUGAGAAACAACAUUAAUGCGUAUAUUUGAAGCUAUCGUCAUCAGAAUAUAUACCCAAUUUGCUCCAAUAUUAAUUCUAUCUCCUGCAAUUUCUUUUAUCUUUCUAUUCUGAAGUUCAAAGGAAGUUCUAUGGUAGAAAGGCAAUUCUUCUUGUGGUUUUCAGAUAGGCUUUGUAGGUUCCACUGCACUGAGUUAUCAUACUUUUGAUUUUCUGUUUCAUUUUCGUCUGCCUUUGGUUGGAAUUUGUUAAUAACACUAUUAAUUUAUUUCCACAAUUUCUCAUUUUUCUUGUUUACCUGUAAGAGGCUGACUCCAUUUAGUACAAAGGGGUGGGGACUGUGAAUACAAAAUAUUUACAUUCAUUAUUGCUGGAGGGACCUUAGUACUAAAAAGUCUCUACUUUGUUCACCAUCUGCAGGUCUGUUAAUCUUAAUGUUUAAUUUCCUUCCUCGUUUCUCUGAAAAAGUUGAAUUUGUAUCAGUAUUGGUGAACGAUAAAGUGAAGGUUUAGAAUCUACUGCAGAUUAGUUAUGGUGGUUUAGUGUUGAUUGCUCAUGGGCUGGCUGUAAUAACAAAUAAUGGGCUGAUUUUUCUAGGAAUAGUAAGUACUAGGACAUUGAAUGUUGUAAGUUCCUUUAAUUAGUCUUAAAAAAAUUAUGCAAAUAAACAAAAAAUGUAGCUUACAGAGUGUGUACUCCAUGAUGUAUUUAGGUCAGCUAUUAGCGUCCUUGUUAUCUUGUUACUAGAGAAUCUACACUUGUCAUAUGUGUUCGGUCUGGUAUUUUAGUUAACCAGCAUAUCCUUUGUUAGAAGUAUGUUAUCGCUAAGCUCUAAUGUAUUGAGGAAUCUUAAAUUUCAAAUUGAUGAUGCUUAGAUUCCAUAAUCUUCUGUGUGUUCAUUGUGAGUUCAAUCGAGCAUCUAGUUUUCUACUUGAGUUAUUAAUAUUAGUAAUCUGCCUAUUCAUUUAACGACAGUUGAAUGUGGAAGGUGUUUGUAUUGAGAAAUUAAACUACUGGUGCUUAUCUGUUUUUGUGCAGUUUGAACAAUACUUGUUAGUUUAUUCUUUGUCCUGCGCUGGUAACAGAGCAUGGAUAAGCAUGUUGGUGGAUGACAAAAGAAUGAUACAGAAGCAAAUUAUUGUGAAAAUGUUGACAUUUUCCAGCCAAUAAGGAAAACUAAGGCAUAAGCCUAAUCCUUCUUACUUCUUUUAUAUUUCUCCUCAUCUAGGGAAGGAGGUAAUAUAUUUCUGUGAUGAUGUGACUAAGCAUUUUGUGAUUGGGUUCGAGGUCCUUUUGAUCCCAUUGUCUAGUUUUUAGUAAUAUUAGCAGAAGAAAAUAAUUGUGAAUGCAAACCUUUAUUAUCCUUGUUAUCUAGUCCCUCUAUUAUGGUGUUAUGUCUGUCUACUUUCUUAUGGGAUACUCUUGACAUCAACAGGGUUAUGCAUAAAGAGACUGCCCCGACAAACAUACAUGGAGGAAAAUUAAUUGAUGACAAACCAGCGGCUGUUGGAAGGAAUCUCAGAUUUCAUUAGCGCGCAACAAUUUUCACAAGUGAUGAUCGCACUAUUGACAAGAAUUUAGGGCAAUAGCGUUUAUAUAGGAUUGGUUUAAAUGAGGAGCUGUAUCGUAUGAACCCUUGUGCCAUCAAAACUGGAGAGGGUGUUUAGAUAGUUUUUCCAAGUAUUUACACGAUCCAGAACAAGAUAUAUUGUGGAAUUAGAUGUAUGUAUCUGUGGAGUGAACAGUGUGUUUAGGGAGUGUAGUGAUGGAUAGGCAUAUGGACCAUGACAGUGUUUGUUGUAUUUACCUUCUGAUUUAUCAAUAUUCAUGGUUUUUCAA